AUGGCACAUCCCACAUACACAUCUUCACACACGUUACUGCGGGACCACCCCAGAGAGCUGACCCGGCCGUGCACCCCCACCCCUCUGCACUGGCGCCUGUCCAGAACAAACUCUGGCCUCUCCGUGGGGAACAGUGAAGCCCUGACUCUGCAGCAGGAGGGAGGAGGCAGCUAUGGUCAUCCCGUCUCAGAGUCACACACUUCCUGCAAACAGCGGCAGCAAGGGGCAAAUGUCACCAACAACCACAGCAGCAGAACUAAGACAGAGCAGCUGGACCGUUCUGGAGCGUGGCAUGAGCUCAUCCUGGCCCAGGCACAAAACAAGAGGUAA